AUGGCCGCGCUCUUCUUCAGCCUGCUCGCCCUCGACUGGCUGUCGAUCAAGUACCCCGGCCAGGAUCAGUCGCAGAUCGACCCGGAAAAGGCCGUCGAGCAGAGGAAAGGAAGCGAGCGAAAGCGGUUCCUCGACCCCAUCAUGAAGCUCGUCGCUCCGCCCUGUGACUUUUGCCUGAGAAACAUGUCCGUCAUGUUCACGCCUUCGUUCAUCCUCAUCCCGGCACGCGAGGUGAUCCCGGGCAAGGAGAUCGGCCUGCUCGCCGCCUGGUUCACAAUCAGCCAGGUGGCCGCCUUUGUCUUCCCUGUCCUCCUCUACCGCGCCCUCACGUGGCUCGAGAAGCAGCCAAAGAGGCUGCGCGAGCGGUACCAGGCGAGGCGAAAGAGGGAGCAGGACCUGCGCCGCAUCCAGUCGCGGCGCAGCAGCAACGCCACGCUGGCGGGCAGCGAGCUGGCCAAGCAGCUGAGCGCGUCGGGCGGCAACCACCGUCGCCUCAGCGUCGUCGCCAUGGGCAUCAACGACCUCACCGCCAUCGUCACCGCUCCCGUCGCCCACCUCACCAUGGGCAAGGGCAAGACGAGGUACGAAGACGAGAGGCUGCAGAUCGAGCACGUCCAGAUCGAAACGGCACGGCAGCAGGGCGACCCCGCCGUGGCGACGCCGGCCGAGAUUGCCACCAUGACGGGCUCGCCGCAGGGCCACUGGGACGGCUUCUUCCAGCAUCGCCAGAACCAUCAGCAUCGUCACCAGCAUCACCACCAUCGCCCGCAUCAGCCCCCGGGCCUGCAGAGGGGGCGAUCCUUGUCCAAGGCCGUCGAGACCGGCCGGCCCCACAGCAGCAGCAGGGGACGCAACAUGAGGCCCACGACGCCCAAGCGCUCCCAGUCUGUGCCCGCCGCACCUCUCGAGGCGGUCCGACCGGCGACACCGGACGCCGGGACUCCCAAGGCCGAGGUCCACUUCCAUCCCUCGACCAUCCCGGCCAAGUCGACCGAGGGCCAGGCGCAGGGGGCGCCUCGUGCAUCGCUCGCCGAGCAGCUGGCCGCCUACUCGCUCGACGACAUGCCCCAGCGCAGGAACCUGUCGGUCGUGUUCGACGACGAUGCCAUCACCGAUGCCGGGACGCGCCGACCCUCGAGGGCCGACAGCCAGGCGACGGUCGAGAAUGCCACCAACAAGCUGUCGUUUGACGGAAAGGGCGCCCGCAUCAACGCCGCCGCCGCCGCCGCCGCCGCCGACGACGACGACGGAAUCGACGCCGAGAAGAAGAAGGUACACUACAGCAAAGAUCAGGCUGCGCGCGACAGCACGGAAUCGGCGAAGAAGCCGCGCGUCACCGUUUCGGACGGUGACGUUGACGGCGACGGCGACGGCCACGACGACGCCACCCGACGCAGCAGCGACGCCUCGCAGCUCUCGAGCGAGUGCGAGGACAGCGCCGUCGAGCGGCUGUCGGACUGGAUUGCGGAUCUCAUCACGCCGGCAAUCUACACGAUCCUCUUUGUCGUGGGCAUCCCGCUGUUCCUGGUGCACGACUUUGCGCUGCCCCUCUUCCUGGGCAUCAACCUGCUCUCGUUCCUGGCGGCCAUCACCGUGAUCCCGCCCAAGUGGCGGCGCUACCUGCACCCGAUCCUGACGACGUCGAUUGCGACGGUCUUCAUCAUCUGGUGCUUUGGCAAGGCAAAGGGGCUCUCGAUCCGCGGCGUCAUGGACUACUACUCGAACGGCGCCAAGUACUCUGUCCUGUGGGACCUGGGCGGCUACUCGGGUCCCGUGCCGGGAGCGGGCGACCUGCUCUUCUCGACGCUCGACGCGGGCAUCGUGGCGCUGGCGGUGCCCAUGUACCGCUACCGCGUCGACCUGGCCGAAAACUUUACGCGGAUGAUGACGAUCCUGGUGCCGUGCGCGUCGCUGUCGCUCUUUUUCUGGCCGUGGAUCGGACACCUGUUCGGCCUGGACGAGGUGCGCUCGCUCGCCUUUACGGCGCGCUUUAUGAGCACGCCGCUCGCCAUCGAGAUGGCCAACACGGUGGGCGCCGACGAGUCCAUCACCGUCAUCAUUGUCGUCAUCACGGGCAUCCUGGCCGCCAUCCUCAAGGAGCCCUUUUUCCGCAUGAUGCGCGUCGACAUGGACGACCACAUCUGCGUCGGCGUCACCAUGGGCUCGACGGCCGGCGCCAUCGGAGCCAGCUCCCUCAUCUCGCGGCCGCGCGUCAUGGCCGUCGCCAGCCUGGCCUUUGUCCUGUUUGGAACGCUCCUCCUCAUCUGCGCCGCCGUGCCCAACAUUGUCGACGUCGUCAGGCAGCUCUGCGGCGCCGCGCCCGCCUGA